CACUAACUGUCCAAACUGCAACAGCAGAAUGAUAAAUCGUUCAAUGCGACCAGUACAUGGAAACCAAGGUCUUUUGGUUGCAAAUCAGCCAAAUGAUGAUUUUGCACAUGAAGAAACUCACACAGAAAAUACUGUCGGCGAUGAAAUUGCUAAUUUGUUUGACAAUAAUGCUGCUGGUAUAAAUCAAGUUGAAGAAAUGUUUGAAGAAGAUACAGAAAACAUGAACAAAGGUCACGACUUGGAAGGCUCAAAAAAUGACGGGUUGGCAUUGAUAACAGCACAUGUUGAAGAAAACAUCAACAACGAUGAACACAUUGCCACCAAUGAAAUAGAAAUAACAGAGCCAAAUUCGUACGGUAAUGGACCGAAAAGUGAUUGUUUCAAUCCGAUUGAAACGGAAACCUUCUUGAUUGACAAGACUGAUUUGGCUAAUGAUCGUUCAAACAUUGUUGAAACAGAAGAAAAUGGCCCAGAAAAUAUUGUCGGCAAUGAAUGUGCUAAUACGGUUGACAAUAAUGCUGUUGGUGUGAAUCAAAUUGACGAAAUAUUAGAAGCAACUACAAAAAAUUUGAACGAAGGCGGCGGUAUUGCUUGCACAAAAAAUGAUGGUUUGACGUUGAUUGCAACAAACGGUGAAAAAAAUCGUGUUCAUUUGGCUAUGUCUCCACCAAUUGAUACACCAGAUACAAAACGUCGUUCCAAGCGAAUUGCAGUUCCAGUUGAAAGAUACAAUUAUGGAAAAAUUGUGUGCAGUGUGUGUGGCAAAUCAUUCAGUGGUGGCCACAUUCCAAUUCAGUUUUACGAUGGCUAUGAAUUUGCAUGCUCUUUUGAAUGCGCAAAGGAGGACUAA